AUGGCAGGCCAGGCGGCAGCGCGCAGGCGCACGGGGGUGAUUACCGAGAAGCUCGGCAUGUCGCGCGUCUUCAACGACGCCGGCGAGCAUGUGCCGGUGACCGUGCUGCGCAUCGACAACUGCCAGGUUAUUGCCCAGCGGACCCAGGGUCAGGGCGGUUAUGUCGCCCUGCAGCUCGGCGCCGGCCGCGUCAAGGUCAAGAAUACCUCCCGCGCCCUGCGCGGCCACUUCGCGAAGUCCCGGAUCGAGCCCAAGCGCCAUCUGAUCGAAUUCCGCGUCAGCGAGGAUGCGCUCGUGGAUGUGGGUGCCACGCUCGGCGCCGACCACUUCGCUGCCGGGCAGUUCGUCGAUGCGGCGGCUCCUCCAUCGGCAAGGGCUUCGCCGGCGCGAUGA